CGACAAACGUUUUUUGUUUCAAACUUUAGUGUACUUACUCGAUAAAGUUUAAUCGACAUUGAUUUGUUUACUCCGCGGUUUUUUGAAAAUUUAAAAUGAAAUACAUAUUUUGGACUUUUUUACUCGUUUCUUCUUCCUGUGCUGAUGAUUUACCAGUAUUCAAUAAAUAUAUGGACAAUGAAGCUCUCUCUGAAAACAUUCCAGUUGGUCAAUCUAUUUAUAAACUUGAAGGUGUUGAUUCUUUUGGAAAUGAAAAUGAUCUGUUAUAUGGGAUAGAAGGAACUGAUUAUUUGGUUGUUGACUCUAAUACAGGAGUUGUUACUGUUAAUAAACCUUUAGAUCAUGAGGAAAGUGAUACAUUAAAAUUUACUGUAACUCUUCAACAGAAAAAUUCUGGCGAUGUUGUUAGACUUCCUAUAUCUGUGAUUAUAUUAGAUGAAAAUGAUAAUGCUCCUAAAUUUUUACAUACCCCUUACGAAGGUAUGGUGAAUGAAGAAUCCAAAAUUGGUACUACUGUGUUUAAGUGGAUCCAUGUUGAAGAUUUAGACAAAGUUGGUGAACCUCUUGAAGUUAGAUGUGAAUCAGUUUUCCAGAAUGAAGACGGAUGUUUGAAAUUCAAAAUACAACCGUUGAAUGUUAGUGAAAGUUACUAUUUGGGUGUUUUAGUUGUAAAUGGAGAUAUACAAUAUUCAGAAACUCAGUUUUACAAGCUGGUUAUAAUUGCUAGCGAUGGUGUACAUGAAACCAAAAUAAAUUUAGAUAUAAAUGUUAAAGACAUUCAAAACAUGCCUCCUGUUUUUCAUGGAUCUCUUACUACUGUAAUUAGUGAAGACAUAUCAGUUGGAACUCAUAUUUUAACAGUAAGCGCAAAAGAUGGUGAUAGGGGAGAUCCAAGAAGUAUUGUUUAUGAUUUAAUACAAAAUCCUAUGGAUUAUUUUUCUAUAGAUGGUUUAUCAGGAAAUUUAAGUACUGCUAAACCAAUAGACCGAGAAACUUUAACUAAUAAUAAUGGUAUUAUUACAUUAACAGUUCGAGCAAGAGAAGUUUUUAAUGGCUCAGCUUUGGACGACAAAUUAAGUUCAUCUACUGCAAUUAUUACAAUAACUGUACAAGAUGUUAAUGAUGAACCACCAAUUUUUAAUAAACGAGACUAUUUUAUUUCAAUACCUGAAAAUAUAGCUCCUGGUACUCCUUUACCCAACUUAAACAUGAGUGUUACGGACUCAGAUUUAGGUGCAAAUUCAGAAUUUUCAUUGCGAUUGCACGACGAGUCAAAAUUGUUUGUUGUAGAACCAACCAAAGCUAUUGGUUCAAUAGAUGUUGGAAUAAAAUUAGCAAAUAAUGUGAAAUUAGAUUAUGAAGAUCCUAAUCAGAGAAGUUUAUUGUUUUGGUAACCUAGUUUUAUAUUUAUAAAUAAAAUAAAUAUUAAUAUAACAAAUUGUAAAUUUAUUAUUUUGUUCCUUACGAUAAAAUAGGUAAUAGCGAGUGAACCAAGUGAAAAGUAUGAUUUAACUUCGACUGCUACACUUACAAUUCAAGUAACAGAUGUUAACGAUAAUCCUCCAGAAUUUGACAACAAUGCUUAUACUCUUACAGUAAAUGAAACAGCUACACCUGGAACUAUAAUAGGAGUAGUUAAAGCAACUGAUAGAGAUAGUAAUCCAAGUAUUAUUUAUACAUUAAGUGGACCUUCAGCUGAUAAGUUUUAUGUAGAAAAAACCACUGGUGUAAUAUCUGUUGCACUUUGUUCAAAUGUGGGAAAACCACCAUGUUUAGAUUAUGAAACACAGUCAAAUUAUUACUUAACUUUUAUAGCAACUGAUGAUAAUGGUAAAGGACAAUCAAAUUCAGUAACUAUAAUGGUUUUGGUAACUGAUAGUAAUGAUAAUCCCCCAAUUUUUAUUCAACACACGUAUACAAGUCUCAUUGAUGAAGGAGUAACAACAUUUGAACCUCCUCUUAUUGUUCAAGCAAUUGAUGCAGAUAAAUCGUCAUCAAUUAUUUAUUCAAUACUAUCUGGAGAUGAAAGGCAUUUAUUUAAAAUAGAUCAAAGUAGUGGAGAAAUAUUUAUAUCAUCUCCUAAUGGACUUCAAAGGUCAAAAAAUAAUAUAACACUUAUUAUUAGUGCAAGUGAUGGAGUUUAUAAUGAUGAAGCGACUGUUAACAUUGUUGUGUUAGAUGUCAACAACAAUAGUCCACAAUUUUUGUUGGAAUCUUAUAAUGUUUCUAUUCAUGAAAAUGAACCCAUUGGUUUUAGCGUUAUUACAGUUGAGGCAAUAGAUGAGGAUUUAGAUAUGAAUGCAAAUCUUACAUAUCAUAUACAAGAAGGUUCUUUUAAUCAUUUCGCUAUUGACCCUAUUACUGGACUUAUUUAUACUUCAUCGAAACUUGAUUUUGAUCAACAUUCAAAUUAUGCCAUUAAAACAUUAGCAAUUGAUAAAGGCACACCUGCAUUGACUGGAAGUACAACAGUAUUCAUAAAUAUAAUAAAUGUAAAUAACAAGAGUCCAGAAUUCACUCCAUUAAUACAGCGAACAGAGGUGUCUGAAGAUGUUCCUGUUGGUACAGUUAUAUACCGCCUUAUUGCUCAUGAUCCAGAUACUAGUGAUGAAGAUGCUUUAAAUUUCUCAUUAAAUUAUUCAGAGAUCACUGGGUUUAGUAGCAAUGGAAAUCAAUUGAAUAAUAAUGCAGAUAUUAAAAAUUGGUUUAAAAUUAGAGCAUCUAAUGGUGAUGUAAUAAUAGCCAAAUCCAUUGACAGAAACAUUGCGGCUAUUGUUAGUCUAUCAGUCGUAGUUACUGAUACAUCUGCUCCUGAUGUCCAGCAGUCUACAGGAACACUUAUGGUAACUAUUAUAGAUAUAAAUGAUAUACCACCAGUAUUUAAUCCACCUUGGACUAAAGACAAUCCAUAUUAUACUGUAUCAUGUCCAGAAGAACAACCAAUUGGUACUGUUAUUGGAAAAUUUAUUGCUACUGAUGAUUCAGGAAUUGAUCACUAUGAUAUUAUUCCAAAGAAUCAAUUUGUUGAUAUUAAUCGAACAUCAGGAGUCAUAUUUACUAAAGAAAAGCUUGACUUUGAAACCAUUGAAAAUAUUGAUCUUAAUUUGAUUGUUUAUGACACUGGUCAUCCUCAACUUUCAACUACUGCUACUGUAUUUAUAAAAAUUACUAACAUAAAUGACAAUACUCCAGUUUUUAACCAGACUGAAUAUAAAGCAGAAAUAGAAGAAAAUGCACCAGUUGGAACUUUUGUUACAAUUGUAAUUGCUACUGAUGCUGAUAAAGGGUUGUUUGGACUAGUUCGUUACUCCAUCAUUGGCAACAAAUAUGGUUUUAUUAUUGAUCCAGACACAGGAAUUGUAAAAGUUAAUGAUUCUAGUUUUCUCGAUCGUGAAGUCACAUCUGAUUUUAUGUUAACUAUUCAAGCUAAAGAUGAAGCUCCACCUGGUUUAACAAAAACUGCAGUAGUAUUAUUAUUUAUUAAAUUAAUUGAUGUGAAUGAUAAUCCACCACAAUUUGACCCAAAGUCUUAUUCAUUGUCUAUUAUUGUCUCUACUCCUACAACACCUCUUAUGCAAUUGAAAGCCAUUGACAAAGAUCUAAAUUCAAAAUUGAAAUACUCUAUUAUAUCAGGAAAUAAAGAUUUAUUUACCAUUGAUAUGGACUCAGGAUUUUUAUAUUCAGCCAUGUCUUUGAAUGGUAAAAAAGGUGUAUAUUUGAUUGAAGUUGAUGUUUUUGAUGGUGUUUUUCGAGAUCAAGCAAAUAUUAACAUUACUGUAUUAGAUGUUAAUCAAAAUCAACCUAUAUUUGUUCAUCCAUCCACUAAUAAUUCCACACUAUCUAUUCUAGAAGAUGUUAGUGUUGGAACAUCGAUAUUAACUGUUUGUGCUGAAGAUAAAGAUUUUGGAGAAAAUGGCAGAGUGACUUAUUUUUUCAAAGUUGCAAAUUCAAAUGCACAACAGACAGAUGAAUUUAUUAUUAAUACUGAAACAGGACAGAUAAAAACUCAAAUUUUACUUGAUUAUGAAACUAAACCAUCUUAUCAAUUGGUAUUAGUCGCACGAGAUCAAGGAUCACCAACAUGGCAUGAAACAUUAAAACUCCUUACAGUCAAUUUAAUUGAUGUUAAUGAUAAUAAGCCUCGAUUUCCUGUACAUAAUGAUCAUAAACCAUUGUACACGUUCUCUGUAAAAGAAAAUAAUAGACCUCAAUUUAAGAUUGGUCAAGUUAAAGCAACUGAUUUAGAUCAAGGUGAAAAUGCACGUAUUUAUUAUUAUUUACUAUCAAAUACACCAGUCCCAUUUAUUGUGGACCGUCUCGAUGGAACUAUUUAUGCAAAUGAAACAUUAGAUCGAGAAGAACAGAGUUCAUAUGAAAUUAUUGUCAAAGCUUCAAACGAUAACGAUUAUCAACACAAAAAUGAUGAAGAAGAUGACGAUUAUAGUUUGGCUAAAGUAUUAAUUUUGAUAACAGAUGAAAACGACAAUGCCCCAGUUUUUCAAACUAGUCAUUAUUAUGCAGGAGUAAAUACUAUGGCCAAAGUUGGAGACGUUGUACUUCAAGUAACAUCAAUUGAUCUGGACUAUGAAGAAAAUAGUACAGUUUUGUAUUAUAUAGAGAACACACAAUUAUAUAGACCGGGGUUAAACAAUUUGACAUGGUCAUCUUUAAUAAAAGAUCCUUUUUCAAUCGAUCAAUCGGGUCGUAUCUCUACCUCUGCAUUUUUAGCGGAGUAUAAUCAAGGACGUUUUGACUUGCAAAUAGCUGCCAAAGAAAUCGCACCUCCUUAUAGAGUUGCAUUAACGACAGCCACAGUAUGGGUGUAUGAAACCCACCAAUUAGUUAAGUUAAUAGUGUCACGUGCCCCACAAACAGUGAAUGAAGGUCGAGAACAAAUACUCUCUAGUUUAGCAAAUGCAACUAAUAUGAUUGUUGUAUUGGAUGAUGUUCGUUACCAUGUUAACCAGUAUGGUUAUAUUCAACCUGAUUGGAGCGAUGUGUAUUUGCACUUAGUUGAUCCGUCAAGAAAUGAUAUAAUGUCUAGUUGGGAAGUUUUAACUAUAAUUGAUGAUAAAUAUGACUAUUUGAAGGACUACUAUCACAAUUUUGCUAUUGAAAAUGUUGUGCCUGCAUUGGUUGUUACUCAAAACGAAUCAUUCGAACCUACUAUAGCUGCUUUGGUAGCUUUAUUAGUUGUAUUGACUGUUGGAUGUAUUGGUGUACUAAUAAUUUGUUGCUGCUUCAGACAUUGGAUGUUUUCGGAAUUGGACAAUAAUUCGAUAAAGAAUGAUAUAUUAAUUAAAAAAGCUGUGAUUGAUGAUCUCAGUACUACAGAAAAUCCUCUUUGGAUUGAACAAAAAUUAAAGUUAUAUGAAGAACAAGAAUUAACUAUGCAAGUAUUUUGUGAUCUAGAAAAUAAAGAAAUGCCAAUAAGUCAAGAUAAUAUUGUGGGAGAUAAUACAUACGCAACGAUACGGCGUCCUUCUCGGCGUGGCUCUAUAAAUACUUUAUUGACAAUGACACCUGGUGAAUAUGCUACUUUGGGAGGAUCUGUUUUGCCUUUGCCUCCUGAUGGAGCCACUUCUCAUAGUCAACAAUUGUUUGAAGCUUCACUUGGAUUUCAAGGAUCUACAUUCCAAGUUCCAGAUUCUGCUUUGGACACUAGUAAUCUGUUGAUAAACAACUCUGAUAUAUGAUGAUUAUAAAUUAUUUUAACAUAUUUACUUUAUUUAACAAUAUUGGAGAAAAAUCUUUAAUGUUUUUUAGUCACUAGUACCCUAGACUAAAUCAUGUCAUAUUUAAUCUAUGCUAGUAUUUAUUUAUGUGUUACAAUAUAAUAUGUUUAAUGUAUAUACAUUUACAAGGUAUAUAACUCAAUAUAUAUUCGAAUCAAAUAUAUGUAAUAAUUUAUUUAUAUAAUUUAUUAAGUCAAUAAUUAUGAAUGUGCAUAUAACACAGGGCCAACUUUUUAUAAAUAAGUUUACAAUAGAUAAUUCUAUUUCUUAUAAUUAGAUUGCAUUUAAACAUCAUUUCAAAUUAUUUGAAGGAAUUUUACUGCAAAAUGAUUAAACAUGUGAUCAUCGAAUUAUUAUUUAUGUUAAAAAUAAGUAAUUAAAUGCAUAUUUUUUUUGUGUUUGUCAAUUGUGAUAUUUCAGUAUUAAAACGAAUUCCUUUCAAUAACUAUAGAUCUAACAUAUUUUGUAUAAAGUAAUUAAUAUUUAAAUUUUAUUCUACGCUGUGAAACUAUUUAUUAGCAUUUAUCCAUUAUUUAACUUAUUUUUGUAUUUUUAUAAUUUUAUAUUGUACUUUGAAAUAUAUGUAGUUAAUGUUUAA